AUGAGUUAUCAGUCAUACCUCAAAUCCACCGCAGCGUAUGCCAACAACAAAAGUCCACCCUCCGGCUCUAUCCAUCGAAAACCUCCUCCCGGUUCAGCACUGUCCACCACCCCCUCCGGCUCAUCGGUCCAUAGCACUCUGAAAUGCAAUGCUACUCCCAGCUCAACCAUCAACCCUCCACUCACGCCUGCAUCAUCCACGAGCUCCCCAGCAAACCCCUCCGCUCCCAAAAUACCACCUUCCGGCCCUAACGUUCCUACCCCCGAGCCAACUCGCACAUCUCUGACCAAAGAACAAAUUGACGCUGCGUUGAAAGCAUGUUUGGAUCUACAAAAUACUGCUACUGCAUUGCACGAGAAACGGCCUUUUGCAGCCUUGCUUCUGGGGCCUAACAACUCUACUGUCCUCCUUACGCACUUCUCCAUCUCUCAUGUCCAGCACGCAGAGACCGAGCUUGCCCGGCUAGCGACGAUCCACUUCUCACAGAAAUACCUUGCUGCAUGCACCCUUGUGUCGACUUGGGAACCAUGCGCUAUGUGCACAGGGACACUGUACUGGAGCAAUAUCGGACGCCUGGUCUAUGCUGCCAGCGAAGAGAAGCUGAAAGACUUGACAGGUGGUAACAACAAAGAAAACAUGACGAUGUCAUUGCCCUGUCGGGAUGUGCUCAAGGCCGGUCAGAAGGAUGUGGAGGUCAUUGGACCGGUCGAGGGCUGGGAAGAGAAGGUUGUUGAAGAGAGCGGUAAAUGGUGGAAAGAACAUCAGUCAACGGAUUCUGCAAGGAGAUUGAGAGAAGGCAGUGUGAACGGAAGUGAGAAGCCGGGAAGCCUAUCAAGUAUGCGUCACGGCACUCCAACCACGUGGACAGGAGAAGAAACCGUCCUCAGCAGCAUCGAUGAUGAGGGUGAAUACAAAGCAGAGCUUGAUAUUGACUGGAUGAGGUAA